GCUGUGAAUUUCCAGUCAGAGGACAUAACAUUUCACAAGCCUGGGAGGAGAGCUUUGCAUGAUAAACAGGCAGCAGCACCCGGAUAACUCCAGCAACCGGGCAGGCGGCGGCUCUGGAUUCACUGUCCACAUCCCACUCUCGCAGGGAGACAUGAGGGCAGAGAGAAUGUCCCCUCUCCUGGCUCUGGGGCUCCUGGUGGCUGGACUGUGCUCCAGGGUCCACUGCCUCCCGGAGAAUGUGACCCUAGAAGAACAGCACAAUGGGACGUCUGUGGAUGACCACUCAUUAGCCUCCAGCAACACUGACUUCGCCUUCAGCCUCUACAAGCAGUUGGCUUUGGAAAACCUCAAUAAGAACAUCAUCUUCUCCCCUCUGAGUGUCUCCAUAGCCUUGGGCUUCCUGUCCCUGGGGGCCCGUGGCUCCACCCUGACGGAGAUCCUGGAAGGUCUCAAGUUCAACCUCACAGAGACCCCCGAGACAGAAAUCCACCGGGGCUUCCAGCACAUCCUGCAGACGCUCCAUCGACCCAGCAAUGAGCUGCAGCUGAGCGUGGGCAACGCCAUGUUUGUGCAGGAGCAGCUGACGCUUCUGGACAAGUUCAGGGAAGACACCCGGGUGCUGUACUCCUCCGAGGCCUUCCCCACUGAGUUCAACGAUUCCAAUGCUGCCAUGAAGCUCAUCAAUGACUAUGUGAAGAAUAAAACCCAGGGGAAAAUUGAAGACUUGUUCAAGAACCUUGACUCCCUCACGAAGAUCAUCCUGGUGAAUUACAUCUACUUUAAAGCCAGGUGGAAGAUCCCCUUUGACCCCAAGCUCACUGAGCAGGCAGAGUUCCACGUGAGCGAGAACAAGACAGUGGAGGUGCCCAUGAUGAGCAUUGGGAGCCUGGUGACCCCUUACUUCAGGGACGAGGAGCUGGGCUGCACGCUGGUGGAGCUCACGUACAGCAGCAACGACAGCGCCCUCUUCAUCCUCCCCGACGAGGGCAAAAUGCAGCACCUGGAAGCCAAGCUGACCCCGGAGACGCUGACGAGGUGGCGAAACUCCCUGCAGCCCAGGUUGAUAAAUACCCUCUACCUGCCAAAGUUUUCUAUCUCCAGUGACUAUAAUCUGCAACACUUCCUUUCUGAGCUGGGCAUCCAGAAAGUCUUCACCUCUGAGGCUGACCUGUCAGGAAUCACAGAGGUCAUGGACUUAGAAGUUUCCCAGCCUGUACCUGAAUGUUUGCAGUAGCGUGACACCUAGAAACCGGAAACAGAUAAAUGACCAGCAGCUGACAAAUGGAUAAACACAAUAUGAUGUAUUCAGACAAUGGACCGAAUUCAGCCAAUGGAAUUCAGCCAUGAAAAGGAAUGAAGGAUCGGCCGCAUACCCCGUGGACGAACCGUGAAAGCAUCAAGCGAAAUGAAUGACUCCAGGGACGAAAGGUCACAUAUUGUAUGAUUCCCUUUACAGAAAAUGUGCAGACUUUAAAUCUGGAGACAGAGAAAGCAUAUUAGCAAUUACUUAUUAGUGUUGGGGAAAGGCAGUAGUGGAGAGUGAGAGCUUAAUGGGUAUAGGUCUCAUUGUUUUUUAGUCAUUUAGUCGUGUCCGACUCUUUUUGGCAACCCCCAUGGACUGUAGCCCACGAGGCUCCUCUGUCCAUGGGAUUUCCCAGACAAGAAUACUAGAGUGGGUUGCCAUUUCCUUCUCCAGGGGAUCUUCCUGACCCAGGGAUCAAACCCCACAUCUCCUGCGUUGCAGGUAAAUUCUAUACCAAUGAGCCCACAGGGAAUUUGGAGAUGAUUUUUUAAAAGUUGGAAAGUAAAACAUAGUGAUGAUUUCACAGCAAUUGGGAAUGUACCAACUGCCAUUGAAUUUUACACUUUAAAAUGAUUGAUUUUAGGUAUUUAAAUAUAAUCUCAAUUUCAGAGAGAAAGAAGAGAGAAUUUGAUGUAGGGUAACUAAACUCCCUGUGUAGACAUUGUUUGGAUUCUAAUUGAAAGAAACCAAUUAAAAAACAAACAAACAAACAUUUGGGAACCACUGAGGGAAGCAAAGACUUGAUAUUUGAAAAUAUUAAAGAAGUAUGUUUUAUUUUCAAAGUAUGAUGUACUAUUUUGGGUAUGACUUUUAAAAUUCUUACAGUUAGAAUGUAAAGGAUGUGUAAGAUUUACUUUGAAACAACAAAAAGGGGGAAAGUGAUUGAGAGGUAGAGAAAAAUGAUGCUGGUCUAUACUGAUAAUGACUGAAGCUGCUGAUAUAUGUGUGGGGGGUCAUCAUGCCAUCCUCUUUAUUUUUGUAUCUAUCUGAAUUCUUCUGUAAUAAAAAUCUAAAACACGCAAAAAAA